AUGGCAGUGUCCGUGGGGAAGCGCCGUGAGGUCAGCAGUGGCCGGGUAGACGCGGCUGUGCAGCGCCCUGCCUUCCGCUGCGUGGGGUGCACCGCUUACCCAAUGGGCACCGACCCUCCGCGAAAACAGGAGCGCUACCAGCUGGCAAUGCUGGCGGGCCCCGCCGCGCGCGACGCGUACUGCGAGAGCGAGUUCGCCGUGAACGGAAUCGUGCACGACGUGGACGUGCUCGGCGCCGGGGUCCGGCUGCUGACGCUGCUGGUGGACCGCGCGGGGCUGUACCGGCCCGGCCGCCUCUACGUCGCUCCGGACGGCUUCUUCUUCCGAGCGCACGUGCUGACGCUGGACUCCUCGGGCUGCGACCGGCCGUGCCCGGAGCUGACACCCGGCAGCAGGUACGUUGUGAUGGGCCGCAUCUACCACAGGAGACGCCAGCUCCCCGCGGCUCUGCUGCAGGUCCUGCGAGGGCGCCUGCGGCCGGGGGACGGGCUGGUCCGCAGCGGCAGCGGCUACGUGAGGAGGUUUAACAGGACGCGCGAGCGGCAGAUGCAGACAGAUCACAGAAGCACUAAGCAUCAAAGGCCAUCCAGGGAUGACACCAGAACUGACAGGGAAGCGAAUGGAAACAGCCUAAGACAAAAUGUGCUAACAUCUCCUCUUUUGCCUCAAACAUGGCAUGUAGAGAAUUUAAGGAGCUGUCCGCAACGAUUCUCGGGCCGGGAACGCGGCCAGCGCGACGCAGCGGAUGCGCGCUGCGCCUGGCACCCUCGGCGGCGGGCCUCCGCCGAGCUACAGCACUGGCACCCUGGGGACGUGCAGCGCGGUGACAGCGGACUGGGAACUACACGCCGAGGGCCACGCAGGGCCGCUGCUGUCCUGGAAGCGCCAGCCAGCCGACCAUGCUGCCUGCACCCCGGGGAGCCCCUCCCUUCCCCACAAGGCUGA